AUGACAGACGUCGUACCUGAAGUCGAGGAAUUCGGUCACGAUGUGCCGAUGGAUCCGACGAUGGAGCCUGAGGACAGUGAACACUCGGAGGAGUUGGAUAUGAGCGAAGUGCCGGAUUCCGAAGGCCACGCAGAUGACAAUGGGGAGACAGAGGAAGCUGCGGCCAGAUUCAAUCAGAACACCGAUCCACAUCCUUCGUCGCCAAAAUACGCUGAGGCCUCAUCGACGAAUCCUUCUGCAUCGACUACAGUAACCUCAACAUUUGACUGGGAUGCUUACCUUCGUGAACAGAAUGCUGAAGCCGCACCACCGGAGUGCUUCUUUCAACCGAAUACACCACCUGAGAACAAGUUUCAGAUCGGCACCAAGCUUAUGAUAGCUGACCCGAGAGGACCCACCGGCUCGAGUGCAAUGUUCUGUCUUGGCACUGUGGUGAACGUAUACAAGCUGUGGUUGUGUGUUCGCUUAGAAGGUCUGGACAAUUCACACGAAAAAUGGAUUUUCUGCGACGACGACUCUAUCCAACCUAUCGGGUAA